AUGAAUUGUAGGCGCAAUCGCACUAAGUUCACAGGGGAGCAAUUGAAAAUUCUCAUCAACGCAUUCAACCGCAAACCUUACCCAAAUUAUGCUGCCAGACAAAAACUUGCUUUAGAAAUCAACAUCGAAGAAUCUAGAAUCCAGAUUUGGUUUCAGAAUCGAAGAGCUAGACACCCAGUUCUGAAGGGACCAACACCAGAGAAGGCCUUAGAAUCAAGCCAAGACCAUGAACAAGAUGACCCUGAAGAAAGGAGUCAAGCCAGGCGCUGUCGCACCUGUUAUAACUAUUCUCAGUUACACACCCUCGUGGAGGCAUUUGAGAACAACCCUUACCCUGGGAUUGAUUCCAGAGAACAACUUGCUAAAGAAAUUGGGGUUCCAGAGUCAAGAGUCCAAGUUUGGUUUCAGAAUCGAAGAUCUAGAUUACUUGCUCAGAUUCAAGAAGAACCUGAUGAGGCCCUGGGACAAAGACAAGACAAGUCGCCUGAGCACCACGUCACGUGGGGCUGCGAGGGUAAGGCUCCCUGCAGUGCCCACCUCAAGGAACACGGGAGAGUAAAUAAACGAGACACCAGCAGAAGGUGUCUUAAGAGCCGGGAAGAACCGGCCGAAGUGACCAUCGCUGUGGCCGCUUAG